AUGUCUGCAUACCGGACGAAAACCAUUGCUCACUCGAGCCUCCCCCCAUCUCACCCAGAAUUCCCCGCCCCCGCCAAAGGAGUGCCGUUCUAUAGUCCCGAGCAAGAUCCUCCAUCUGGGACCGCGAUAAAGGAUAGCGAAGAUGAAGUCAUACCAAAACUCUUUACUCCGCUCAAAAUCCGCGGUGUCACAUUGGCCAACCGUAUCUGGGUCAGCCCAAUGUGCCAGUACAGUGCCGUUGAUGGAUUCCACACUCCCUGGCAUAUCACUCACUACGGUGGCAUGGCCCAGCGUGGCCCGGGUUUGAUGAUGAUCGAGGCCACCGCUGUCCAGCCGCGUGGGCGGAUCACGCCCCAAGACUCAGGCAUCUGGCUCGAUGCACACACGGAAACUCUUCGACAGCACGUUGAUUUCGCCCACAGCCAGAACACACUGAUUGCCAUCCAGAUCGCCCACGCUGGACGUAAGGCUUCCACCGUGGCACCAUGGAUCAAGGCUGGCCCUGCCGCGACUGAAGCCGCGCGUGGAUGGCCCAGCGAUGUCGUUGGUCCCAGCAACGAGCCUUUUGAUGCGGGAUAUCCCACGCCGCGGGCCUUGACAUUGGAUGAGAUAGCUGAGCUCAAGCACGACUUUGCCCUCGCCGUCAAUCGCGCUAUUGACACUGGCUUCGAUGUCAUCGAACUUCACUUUGCCCACGGAUAUCUGGUUUCAAGCUUCCUGACACCCGCCGUCAACAAGCGAACCGACCAGUACGGCGGAAGCUUCGAGAACCGCGCUCGUCUUGCUUUGGAACUCGUUGAGCAGACCAGAGCAGCCAUGCCUGAUACCAUGCCCCUCUUCGUGCGCAUCAGCGCCACCGAUUGGCUCGACACCAACCCCGACUACAAUGGGGAGAGCUGGACUGUUGACGACGCCGCCAAGCUUGCUCUUCUUUUCGCCGAGCGAGGUGUUGACGUGCUCGACGUCUCCAGUGGAGGCAACCACCCCCAGCAGAAAGUCAAAGGCGGUCCCGGAUACCAAGCUCCCCUCGCGAAGCACAUCAAGAAGGUCGUUGGCGACAAGAUGCUGGUCAGCACCGUCGGCAGCAUCAAGACGGGGACGCUCGCGGAGGAACUCAUCUCGGGCGGCAAGUCCGACGACGAUGUUCCCCUGGACCUGGUGGCGGCAGGGCGCAUGUUCCAGAAGAAUCCAGGGCUGGUCUGGUACUGGGCUGAUGAUUUGAACACCCACAUUAAUGUGGCACACCAGAUUGGAUGGGGUUUCGGUGGCCGCGCGCAGAAAAAGGUUGAUACCGGGAAGAAGAAUCUUCCAUGA